CCAGCUGCAGACCAAGGGCCCCAGAAACUAUUAAACUACCCCUACAUGUCUAGUAUGUGAUGUUGAAUGGCCCACACAAAUCAUGAAUGAUAGUCAAGACAAACUACAUGCGUCCUAAAUGAAUGUGACCUAAACAAGCUAGAUGUAGUGCAAUGGCCCCCUCUUUGUCUCUGGAUGUCGGCCUCCUCGUGGAGCUACUGUAUGUGGCUCUUAAUGGUGAGCGGGUCUUUGAACCCAGCACUUCCACCACAUUCUGCUUCCUGCCGAAGUCCAGAGAGCUGGAUCUGCCCCAGCCGGCCUGUCUGAUAGCCCUCAUCGUCUACUUCAGUGGGUACUCUGAAGUCGUGGUGCCACUGGCUGUCAGACUACCUAAUGAUAUGUGUGCGGCUGCUUUUGGGGGUCGGGGGUCCCAUCAUUAGAAAGUGUCUCACCCUGAACCCCAGCUCCAAUCUUCGCCUCGGCUACCAGUAGCGGCCUGGCAGUUUGUUCCCGUCUGUCACCAGCCCCGUGCUAUAAAGCCAGUGUUAUCUGCAGUGUUAAGUGCAGGCCACAGACGGGGGGUCAGCUUAAAGUGAGGCAGCAGAGACACCCUGUCCCGCCUGGCCCCACCGUACACAGGAAGCGGGGCUGCGCUGGGUCCCUCUGUCUGGCCCGGAGCCCUGCCUCGAACCGCGACGCAGGCGCUAAUGCAAGGAGACCCUCGGCCAAAUGAUUCUCUAAUUUCCCCUCUGGACUCAGAUGAUCCCAGUGGCCCUUGAGAAUCAGACUGAGGAUUUGUUCGGAGUGAUUUGUUUUGUCUUGUCGCCUCCCCCUCCUCUCCAUCCUCGUGCAAUUCCUUCACUCAAGUUCUAGUUCUCCCAGCGUGGUUGCAGCCACCAAAUUGGGGAUUUGAGAAAAGCCCAAGCCCUUGGAGGUCAGAAGCUUUGACUGUAGAACGUAAACGGAUGGAAAAGAAGACAACAAGUUGCAGUUUCUCAACACAAUUUAAUUCUAGUUUUCAUGAAGAACUCCUGUAGGAUGAGUUGCAUCCUUUUGUAAAAAUGCAAGGUUUCCAGUAUGCCUUGGUCAUGUUUUGAGAGGCCCAUAAUCUACUCAUCUGCUAAAAGACUAAUUUUGUGUGAGCCUCAGUGCGUCACGCUUGCAGACCUGUAGCUUAAUUCCCUUCCAACGGGGUUUAAUUGAGUGACUAAUACACACGCAGUUAAAGCCCCGUGAAUACAGACUGCCAUCGCUGACGGCCUCGGAAAUCUGUUGAGAAAUUAAACAAUGAUGCAUCGGGCUGGUUUUCUGCUGAGCUUUGAAUGAUAAUGACUGCAGUUUAAACAAAUGUUCACUUCAAACUGCAACAUGAAAAACAAGUCAGCGGUUAUAUUCUUAUAGUAUGCAUAUACACAUUAUGCAUAUACACAAAUACAUAUAUAUGACGUGUGUGUGUUUUUUUUAAUGACAUUUGUAGCAGCAACAGCUUUAAGUAAGAGUAAACGUGUUAAUAAGUAAGGAUGAAUAUUUGGCCUUGUGGACCUGUUUCACAUGUCUUUAAGUUAACAUCUCUGAACUUAUAACAUGUUUCAUUCUAACAGUUUAAAUUCUGUAAUAUUUCUCACACACACACACACACAAAAGAUCAGCCAUUUAUUUAUUGUUACGUCACCCAUUAAUCACUUCGGGACCCCACAGAUUUAUACUGUGACUCCUUGGUCGGGCAUGACCCUUAGGUUUGGAAACACUGGGGUAAACUACUCAUUAAUCACAGGGGAAGUACUUUCACUUUCGAUACUUCAACUACAACUAUUGUACUUUUGCAGUAUGAUUUUACAUCCAGAGCUUUUACUUGCAAUGGAGUAUUUUUUUAGCGACCAGCGUUGAAACUGGUUUAGUGGCACUACCAUUUAAAAAUGUUUGUUGGCUAAUAACGUGAUAAUUAAUUCGUUACUAAUUAUAAGUCACGCAAUACUUUAAUCUUACCAUUCACGUGAAUCCACAGAACACUGCCAGGUGCUGUUGAUUGGCCUCCGUAUUUUCUUAGGAUCUAAUAAACACAAUAUUAGUCGCGCGCAUUACGGACCAACACCUGCAGGCGGUUGAAAUGAUUACGUGAAACGUCACAUUUAUUUCACACACACCAGCGCGCGCUACGUACGCCAUCAUUAAUGCCCGAUGGCGUCCGAGCUAACGGGUUAUUUGUAGGGCUCACUUCACUAAAUAUAACUCUCCUCGACCGUUUGUCAUCGCGUCACAACAUUAUCACUUUCUUUCUUUCCUUCUUCCCCACCUAAAAGAGUGACGGGCAGACCGGCUCGACACUCCAUCCAUCCCAGAACCCGCAGAGCUACGAGCGCGUCAAGGGGUCAGGAUUCAGGCUCCACGUGUCCUCUAGACUCAGUUUCUAACGGGACGUCUUAUCUUGCGCAUGCUCAGCUUGUCAAGGGGCUUCAACAUGACCACCUGGAGCAACUCCUGCAAGUGUCAUGUCAGUGCUGCGUGCACCGCUAAUCUCCUGCCCAAGGAUCACCGGCGCUCCUUCUGCAGGAGGUUCAGGUCAGUGUCUCCUCGGCGCCACGUCCUCUAGUGGCCGAAUCAACACAUUGAUGUUUAGUAAAAACGCGAUACCCCGACUCACGCUUCCUGCAGGGCGCGCGCACUGCGGGGAGCGCUUAAUCCCGUUUUCUCCCGUCUGAAGCGCGAUACUGUAUGUGAUAUACUAAUCCAGCAACAAUGAUGCUGAUACUGCAUUACAUUUUGUUUUUUUAAAGUUUGCUUCAGUUUAGCUCCAUCAGAGAUGCUUUGGUGGUGAAUUUACAAUGGGUCUGCAAAUGUAAUUGUAAAUGUAAUUCAAUAAACAGGUUUACAAUCUAGGUCUUGUGUGAGUAUCCCUAAACAUUAUUACUUUUUUAAUAUUAUACAUAUGCUAUCAAUUACAUAAUUUGAAUGGAUCUUUAUUGUUACGGUGCCCGGAUACAAAUGGACAGAAUUCUCCUUUUGUGGCACUUUGUGUGUCCUUGUGACGUGGGGCGCCCCUCUGCGAGGACACCCACUUUAUAAGGCAAUGGAGGCAGCAGCAGUAGCCCAGCCUCCCCUUUGUGUGCGACGCCCACGCUGAAGCCCUGGCAGCUAUAAAAGCCCCAGGCUCUCUGUGGAUGGGCCCAGACAGAUCCUGAUCACACAGACACAGUCUACUGAGAGCCCUCGUGUCUGCCGCAGACACGGCAGCCUCUCAUAUCAGCAGUUUCCAUAGGAACCCUCGAGGAACAGACACCGGGCUGAAUUGUGUAAAAAGAGGCUUGAUCCGUUCAGAGCAAUUACUUCUUUUUGACUUCAUUUGAUUUCCUUUUUUUCCUUCUUUUUUCACACUGGCAUAGAGGAGGAGGGUUAACUCCAAACAGAUAUUUUGUUCUUUUCUUUUCUUUUUUGGCUGUAGACAACUUUGUCUCCUUAGCUUUAGUUUUCUUCAGUUAUCUUCCAACCCUGGACCUCAGUGGCUAUGGUCUCUCACAGAUCUACCAAAGGAGCGUCCAAAGCCCGACGGGACCACAUCAAUCAUGAGAUCCGGAAUAUGCGAGCCCUGUUGCCCGUCACCCAGGAGGACCAAGAGCGUCUCUCCUACCUGCACUCCAUGUCCGCCAUCUGUGCCUACAUCAGGAAGUCUGUUCUGUUCCAGGAACUCCCGGCUGAGGCGAGAUCACGCUGCUCUCUGCCGUACGAGGCCUUCCUUCCAGCCCUGCACGGCUUCAUCCUGGUCACCACCGCACAGGGGAGGCUGGUCUACGUGUCCGAGAAUGUAGAGGAAUAUCUCGGUCUGUCCAUGAUAGAUGUGCUGCAAGGAGACACUUUGUACGACAUGGUGGAACACUCUGACAUUGGUAUUGUGAAAUCAAACCUGGACAUCGAUCACAACUCGCCAUCAGAGAGGAGCUUUAUAUGUUGUAUGCAAACCUCCAAGGCCUUCAAGCUGCAACACGGCAGCUGCUGUUCCAUGGUGGUCAAAGGGAGCUUCCAGUCGUUCCCUCAGCCGUGGCCGGCCUCCACUUCUGUCUGUCCCGCCAGCCAGUCUCUGUUGGUGGCCCUCUGCACUCCCACGGUCAACCGCCUGCAGAGCUGCGUUUCCCAGUCCUGUGACGGCUUCAACAGUGUCCACCGACUCGAUAUGACCUUCACUCAGCUGUCAGACAGCGUCAUAUAUUUUUUGGGGUAUUCGCCAGAAGAAUUGACCGGUCGAUCGUGGUACAGUCUCGUCCACCCUGAAGACCUUUCUUUGAGUGCAGAUUCUCACAGAAGUUUAAUGCUGGCAGAUGAGGGCUUCCAGGCGGAGAUGGUGCUCAGACUCCAGUGCAAAGAUCUGUCGUGGACCUGGAUCUACAGUCGAGCUAACAAGGAGGCGGAGUGCCAGGGCAUGAGCUGCACCAACUUCAUCAUCAGUGAAACAGAGGCCCGAUUUCUGCAGAAGAAAGUCAGCAGCGAUGCCUUCAGGCCAUUGCCUCUGGAACACUUUACAGAUCAACAGGCGGCUCACUCUCCGACCUCCAACAACACAAAGUGCUUUAAAAGACAGAGGACGUCCAGCAGCCAAAGCGAGGAGCCAAGUGCCAAAGCGAGGAGGGAGACCGAGCAAGACAUAUGCUAUGUGACGUGCGCCUCCUCCCAAGGCGAUGGCUUUCCUGCUCCCUCGGGAGAGAGCCUUGCUCUCUUCACCCCUCCCUACAGCCCAUACUCCUCCAGCUCCUCUCUGCAGGAGGAGGAGCUCAGCCAUGACCUCCUGAUGGAUGUGCAUGGAUACACAGAUCAGCUGCUGUCCUCCCCUGAGUGCUCUCCUUCCUAUUACUCCUACCCAGAGGCAGGGCUCAACUGUCACCAUUCACCCUCCAGCUCCCUCGCUUCAGCCACUGAACAGACAUUUGACCGGGCGGCCUUCGGCGCGCUGGGCGCCCGCUCUCCAGCCUCCUCCUCCUCUCCGACCUAUGAUUUCCAAGCUUGUACGGCCGAUGCUCGAUUAGUUCCAGACUGCCCGUCCAUGUCUGACAUGUGUGAGAGCCCAGUGGACUGUGCUCUGCAUCACGACGACUUCAGCCUCCUUGAGCAGCCACAAGGGGGCGACCUUGUCCAAGUGCAUCAUGUCCCCUACCACACGCUGCCCACACACUCCAGCCUUCUCACCCCCAGCCAAUCUCCCACAUCCACAGAGACGCCGCCUUACAACGAGAGGGAGCAGGCAGAGAUCAGUAUUCUGGCUCAGCAGAUCUCCUCCCUGGCCAGCAGCUUCGCCAUGUACCACACGCACAGCCCGCUUCAGAGUGUGAACCGACCUGCAACCACCAACGCCUGCGACUGGCCCCGUCACGCUCCGAUCCCCUCGGCCCUUCCUUUCAAGCGCGAGCUGGUCCUUGACGACGGCGUGUUCGACAGCAUCCUGAUCGACCUGGACAUGGGCGCGAGUAAAAGCGGAAUGUCCUGCCCCGGCGCUGCGGCGUACGGCUACCAGCAAGGCUUGUUGCGCUGCAGGAGUGGGUCCCUUCAGUCGGAGUCGGAGGCCCUCGGCCUCUCCCCGACCAUCACAGAGGAGCCGCUGCCUGCAGAGCAGUUCACUGCCAUGGGUCCCUUCAGUUUGCAGUUGGGACGCCAUGAGCAGAACACUGGGUUGCAUCAACUCAACCACUAUAUGCAGAGUGGCCUUCAGCAAGAUGAACUUGCAGAAGAAAACCUGUACUAAAAUAAGUCUGUGACUUACUGUACUACCAUGUGUAUGACAUAUUGUCAGGGCAAUCUUCCUCCGCUGGAUUCAAAGACAUUUAGAGGACGUGUUUGCUGAGACGCCGUUCCCUCGAGACUUCUUUCUGAAAUUGGAAAAUCAACUAAAGUAAAUGACUUGCUCUUCAAGAUGACAUUUUUGUCUUCAUGUCUCAACACUGCUGUUGACUGUUUUAUGUUUUGCUUCUGUCUUAUAUUUUAUGAAAAAGGUACUUUAAACAGAAACUUUUCUGACAUCACUUAAACACUGAAAUGGAGGUAUAUUUUUAUUCUAAUGCGGAGUGACCACAGUUUACUAUUGAGCACUUUAUCAAUGUCAUUGCCACAAGGAUUUUAUAAUGGAGAAGGCAUUCUGAUUUUAAAGGAAUAUUUCAAAGCUACCUGGAUGUGCUUUAAUGCAUACAUCAAUUCCUUAUAAUGAAGAGCCAUUUGUAAAUGUUUGGUUUUAGGUGCCUUAAAAACAGGAGAGGAAGACACUAAUCAGUUUGCCAAAAAAUAAUAAUACUAUUUGUCUUUUUCUCUGUGAGCCAUUAAUGCUUUCAUGUUGUUAUGAAUAAAUGAAUCAGUCAGCAAGACGAUGAUUGUUAAACACCUACCUCAGUGGUACAUCUAAAUACAUUCCAAGUCUGAAUUUUGUGAAUUAAUUGUAUUUAUUUUGAACUUCACUUUCACGUAAGUCUUAAAAAUGUUUUUAUUUUACUGCAAUGUGAAUCUUAAACUUAGGUUUGUCCUUCCCACAUUAGUUUUCUUCAUAGUAUGGUACUGCACAUUUAAAAUGUAAAUAAAUCAAAUGAAAAAUA